AUGUUGUUUUUGUGUCUAGUGUUACAAUUUAUUGUCGUGACCGUCCGUGCCUCAGUUCAUUUUGAGGAUUGCGGGUCGGCUUACGAUAUUCAGAGUGUCUAUAUUGAAGGAUGUGGCGCUAGACUACCGUGUUACGUGACACUUGGAUAUGGUACUUUGGUAGAAGUUAAGUUUGUUGCUGAUUUUGUAUCACUUCAGUUGGAUCAAAACGUUACAAUAAAGAUCAACUAUGUAGAUUCUCAAGCACCUGUGACCCCUGAACCAUGUGAAACGUUAGAGUGCCCGGUGCGGACAUAUGCUGCAACCGCCUUAUCCAGUAUCAUGUCUGUGCCAACCGACAUGGCUUCGAACCAGCGCGGCCACUUGCAGUGGCGAAUGUAUAAUGAGAAUGGCGAGCAAGUAAUCUGUUACUCUGUUUUGGUUCAAACUCAGACUCCUCAAGAAAGAAAUUUAAAAUUAUUUCAUAGUGGACUUGACGAUUAUAUAAAGUCCAGGAUCAUUGAAUUUUACAAACAAAAACUAAUAAACAAAACCUUGGACAGAGAAGGGUAUUUUGUCAUGCAAAGAUUUUUGAGAAAUUGGGUCGUGGGUAACUGAGACGUUAAAAAAACCGGGGCAAACAUUGAUAAUGAAGUGUUUAUGUAUUUUUUAAAUUUAUAAAUGAAGCAUAAAGUUUAUUAACAAAACAUGACGACAUUCAUGUGUCUUCUUAAUUUUUAUUAUUCUGAUAAUAAAAAUGUCCGUUCAUUCAGUU